CACUACACAAUUAUUUAAUGCAAUAAUUAAAUGCUUGCGACGAAUGAGGCUUGCCAGGAGCUCAUUGUCUAUUGCUACCAGCCGUCCAUCAUGUUUGCUACAGGCGGCUAAAAUACUGCACUUGGCCCGUCCAUCAGCCACAGCACUCACUUGCAACACUCACCGACUUGCUGCAUCACCAUUCUUCAAAGGCCCUAUCGUCCUCGCAAGACCUCAGAGUAGUGCGCCACCAUUUUCGACUAGAUUCUAUGGCGACCCUACAAUAUAUGCCUUGUCCACCGCUCCCGGACGAGCUGCCAUUGCCAUCAUUCGUAUCUCCGGGCCGGCAUGUAAUGAUAUUUACCGCAGUCUCUGCCCUGGACAGAAGCCAUUAAAGCCUCGCUAUGCCGCUGUACGAACGCUCUACCGUCCUGGUGCUAAACCUUUGCCGGAUAGUCUUCUGGAUUCCAGCGCUCUGCUACUCUACUUUCCCUCUCCUAACACUGUGACUGGCGAGGACCUUCUUGAGCUUCAUGUCCAUGGAGGUACGGCUGUCGUUAGGGCUGUCUUGUCUGCCAUCUCUCAAUGUUCGCCCGUUCCUGGUGCUGUCCGAUAUGCUGAGGCCGGUGAAUUUACUCGAAGAGCUUUUAUGAACAAUCGUCUGGAUCUUACUCAAGUCGAGGCAUUAGGAGACACACUCUCUGCAAACACUGAACAGCAACGCCGUCUGUCAGUUCGCGGAACGACAAACAACUUGUCGCUUCGCUAUGAAUCCUGGCGUCAAAUGCUUCUCGCAGCACGAGGCGAGCUAGAAGCUUUGAUAGACUUUUCCGAGGACCAACACUUUGACGAGUCGCCAGCUGAGCUAGCUUCUUCUGUCGCGGAUCAAGUCCGAGAUUUGGUGCUUCUGAUUGAUGCACAUCGUCGGAAUGCAAUGCGCGGAGAAUUGCUCCGAAAUGGUAUCGCCAUCAGUCUCCUUGGUGCGCCCAAUGCUGGCAAAAGCAGCCUUCUCAACCGCAUCGUAGGUCGCGAAGCUGCCAUUGUCAGUCAAGAAGCAGGUACUACACGUGAUGUUGUUGAAGUUGGCAUUGAUCUUGGCGGCUAUCUGUGCCGGCUAGGUGACACUGCCGGUUUACGAAGUGCUGUUCUUGCGACUGCUCAAGCCCGAAAAGAGCACAUGCAAGAGAAAAUCAGCAUGAUCGAAGAGGAAGACUCGAGAACAUCUUCGCCAUUUCUUGCAAAUAUGCAGAGUCCGUGACAGUGUCUGAUGCCGGACACAUCUCUACGUUCCUUU